UACGUGUGACAGACAGUUGAGCGGUACACUUCGUGCUGAGCGUAGGAACAUGGCGGCUCGCACCUGCCAUAUGGUGAUCAUGGCUCUAAUAAUUGCAUCUCUUCGUUGCUGUUCAGCAUAUAAAGUGGAGAAGUUCUCAUUUUUGAUGCCUAAUGUGAAGCCGUAUAGGCCUGAACUGUACCUUUGUACACCUGUGAAAGUGGACUACAGCAAGAGUUAUUACAUCAUUGGAUUUGAACCCAAUGCCACAAUGGAUAAGGCUCACCACAUGCUGCUCUAUGGGUGCAUCAAACCUGGCAGUCGGAGCGCUGUUUGGAACUGCGGAGAGAUGUCGGGGAAAGAUGGCGCCUCAGAAAUGGCUAGUCCGUGCGCGGUGGGAUCGCAGGUGAUCUAUGCGUGGGCACGAGACGCCCCAAAACUGGAGCUGCCUGAAGGCGUCGGCUUCAAAGUCGGAGGGAAGUCCCCUAUCCAGUACCUUGUUCUGCAGGUGCAUUAUGCCACAGAUAAGCCUUUCAGGGGUGGGAAGACGGACGACUCCGGAAUACAUCUCCACUACACCGAGAGACCGCUUGAGAAGGAGGCAGGUGUGAUCCUUCUUGGCACGGGUGGCAGCAUUCAGCCCAUGUCGGAAGCAAACAUGGAGACAUCAUGUGUGAUUAAUGAGAAGAAAGUGAUGCAUCCGUUUGCGUAUCGCACGCACACGCACAGUCUUGGCAAGGUCGUGUCGGGCUACCACGUCCGCCGCGAUAGCGAUGGACUGGACCAUUGGACCCUGCUCGGAAAGCGUAACCCUCUCACCCCGCAGAUGUUCUACCCUGUUGAGUCACAGGAGCCCAUUGUGCACGGGGAUGUACUGGCGGCACGUUGCACCAUGCAGAGCAACCGGAACCGCACCACCUACAUCGGGCCUACCAAUGAGGAUGAGAUGUGUAACUUCUACCUGAUGUACUGGGUACACCAGGACACACCUCUUCAGAAGAAGUAUUGCUUCACGGAUGGGCCUCCGUUCUACUAUUGGGCUACCGAAUUGAACGGCAUUCCCGACAAGGAAGCCAGCGUGCUGUGAGGUGUUAUGCCUUGUUGCCGGGUGGUUGUCAGGUCUACCAAUAUCACGACAUGCUUCUCAGUCUCUCCUCUAAACUUUGUUCAGCUAAAGAGUGCAUCCUGUACAUCAUUUUGUGAAGCUUGUGCAAGGAUUGCCAGGCAUUCUCAUGCCAUUCUGUAUUUAUCACUUAACGUGGAUUGUAAGUCCGCUUCCCUGGUUGGGCUAGCGGUUAACAUUUAUGUUGAACUGCUUUUCCGUACUACUAAGCAACGAUGUUGCCUUCCUGCAUGUUCAAUGAAUAUGGUGAUUUGAACGACGUUAUUCAUUUUUUGUGGCUUUUCAAAAUCUUUUUGACCAAGUCGGAUGAAGCCAUACGCUGAUUUAAUUACUGUUCCCACUGAUUUCAGAUCUUACAACCAUCCUGUUAUGACAUUUAGUUAAAGUAUUUGUCAUGGAAGCAGUUUCUGUGCACCCUGUGAGAAGUAGUGUGUCCAGAAAACCUGCUUCUCCCGUGCUCCAUUCUAACGUGCAAUUGUAGGACACAUUGUGAGUUAGAGCACAGACUGAAGCAGAUGCGUGCACAUGGUCCAUCUGAAGUUUGUCUGUGCUCUGAUUCUGGUGUCUUUCUUAACCUUGAAGCCAUUGUGAUGGAAAUGAGAGAGUGUGUUCAGGGCGUUUGGUUCGUAAGAUACAGUUUGUCCCCAUUUUACUAUCAUGCCUAAUUCUGUGGGCUGUGCUAGAAUUGUGUCUUUUAAUAACACAAAAAUGUUGCUCUUAAAAUGUAUAUUGUUAUUCGUUUAAUGUGCUGAAGAUAAAACAGUAGACUGUUUCUUCAUUGAAGUUUUUGUCUUCACUGUAUCUUCAGUAUAAAACCUGUCUUUCUUGAAGAAAAAUGCUGCAUUUUGUUGAAUUAGUCACUUCAAUAGCUCAGAUUUUGGGACUUUACUUUUGCUCAGAAAUAAUGUCCCUUUGAUUUCCAGUGAAAUAUUUAUGACUUAAAAACUCUUCCUGAAGAUGUCUCUGACAAAGAAGAUGGUCUGGAAGCAUGUACGCACUGAUGAAUAUAACCAAUACUGACCAAUUUACAAUUUCAGUCAGGUUUCUGCCUAGCACAAGGUACUUACCACAAGAUAAAGAUUUGAAGCAUGAAACUAAUGACUUAAGUGUUCUGUAAAUGGCCUGUUCUCAUUCUCUCUGGUCUGUGGCAGGACUGUACUUUCUCGGAUAAAGUACAGGAAGCACAAUACAGAAGUGAACAAAAUUGCGUGGACAGAAAACUGUGUGUCGAAGAAUAUGAUUGAUCUGUUAAAUUGUAUUUUUUAAAUUUCUCUUUCAACUUAUUCUCAUGACGCGAGACAUUUUCUGAUAAAGCUCUUUUCCAGUUUUUUUCUUCUUCUUCUUCUUGUUUUACUGCGUGUAUGUGUAACUUCAAGGUUGUAAUUUCAUUGUUUUACGUAACCUCUCAACUUCAUGAUUACCUGUUCCCAGAGGGUAGAGAGUCAUCCUAGAAACCUCUUGCGUUCUCAGUUGGCUGGUUAUGGCCACAAAGCUUACUUGUGGUACACAACUUAAUUCUGAUUGGCCGCUCUUAUGUGAAUCAGAGCUGGUAAUUCACUAGGCUAGCACCCCCCCAUACCAUUGUCACACAACAAGAUCCCCUUCCCCAUGAGUGUGCCAGUACCAAUACAUCCAUUGUCUAUUGAAGCACCAUGAUCUUAAGACUGUUCCUAGGGACUUUGUCUCAUUCAAAAUAUUGGAAUUGUAUUGUUAUUUUUAGUCAAUGAAGUGAACUGUGAUAGCUCAUUCAAUGCAGCGACAUGCUACAGAGUGGACAGGUAGGAUUUGAUUCCUGCAUGGAAUGGGAAUGGAUAUUUCUCUUCUCCACUUGUGUGUCCAGACCAGUUCUGGGGAAAACUCAGCCAUCCGUUUAAUGGUAAUUCUUUCCCUGGGGGUGAAGAGGCUGGCAUUUGAGGUGACCACUCACCUCUAGGUCCUGCUGUUGUCUGGUGCUUAGGCAGUGGGCAGUUAUUAACUGAUGAUGGAAGUCAUUAUCAUCAUUGAAAUGCAUCAGAUUUUGUCAUCCUUCAUCUUUGACAGCAUUUAUUUUUCUCUCCAAAAUGUACAUUUACUAGCAUUAGAGAUAUUUUGACACAUUCUGUGUGGAUGUGGAAGGAUUUAUAUUUUUUUAUGGAAGUUUAGUUUACACGAAAGAAGUCAUGCACUUCUUUAAUUCCGUAAUGCUGUUUUGUGAAUUAUUACUGUUGAGACCCAUGCUGAGGCCUAUGGGCUCCUCUGAGGAUGUUUGUUUAUUAACCAUGGUUCCCUACCGUUGCAAGGCAUUCUGUAACUUUUGUUCGUUGGAAGACUUACGUCUGUGUGAACAAGCAACACAGAAUGCCGAACUACUUGAUGCCAUGUGUACAUAUCUGAGCAUGCACACACUGUGAAUGAAUAAGCCUCUUAGAGUGUCUUGAUUUAACCCCUCCAGUCGUCCUACAUUGUUCUUGUUUUGGUUGUGUUGCUGCUUGUUUAUUUUGUAAAGUUUAUUAUAUUGUUAAGAAUCUAUAAAUGUGAUUGAUGUUGACGUAUUUUUCGAGGUUCCUUUCUUCCCAGACAUUGAUUGUGUAAUUUAAACUUUGGGCACGUGUUCGUGUGUCACGAAGUUAUGUUGAAGAAAGCUACAGUCCAAGUGAUGACGUUGAUUGGUUCACAGGUUUCAUUGGUAGAGCUCAUAUGGGAACUUAGAGGCUGGCUGACUUGUUUGCUUGAAUCACCUUUUCCCAUGUAAUAAGGGUUAAUGAACUGGAAAAGCUGUAAAAGGAAGUGGUCAUGGCCCAAUUUAAGGUACUUCACUAACUACAUACGUGGUUUACGGACCUCUAAGGUUCAUCACCAAAUUAUGUUCUGGAAUUUACCUAAACAGACUGAGGAAAUCCAUGAAGAACCUCAGUUAUGGUAGCCAGUUUCUGGGCUGAGAUCUAAACCUUUGACCUCCUAAGUGAAAAUCGGUUGUUGAAUGAAGAAAAAUUAAAUGGGGAUAUGAGGUCAACAGUCGGGUACCUGAACGCUAAAUAAUAUAUUGACCAGUCAGCCAGUAUAUGUGAGAGUUGUUGGGUGCAGUGGUUCUGAAAUGUCAUGUAAAAUUCAUUGAAACAGAUUUGACUGUAUCCCACACAACCGUAUGGGCUCCAAAAAAUACAGUUCUGGGGGUGAGGAAUCGAAAGCGACGUCGUCGACUCUGUACAUUCCAAGGGCAUAGUAUUUACUUAUUGAAUACGUAUGUGUGUACUUACUGCGUGUACCGCACAAAGUGCUCUCUGUCAUUGUCUACCUGCACAAGAACUACAAUCGUCUGUACAACUUUUAAAAAUGUCUAUACUGUAAAAUAAAUACAUAUUUUUGAAUGUCAGAAUGAAA